AUGUCUCGUUCUCGAUGCCCUCCUACCCCGGCCAUGUCUGGCGAGUUCAUUAUUAAGGAUCAGCCUAUGGACGGCACUGAUCAGUUUGCUUUGCCCCCGGCUGCUAUCAGCCCGGCCACCGCCAGUCGUCGCUCUUCCCGAUCAAACGAUCCGACUUAUGCUCCCGUUUCUCCGACAAGCCCUGAUCUUACUGGUCGUGGCUCUGUGUCAUCUCGGUCGGGCAAUGCAGCUAAGCGUCCGUUAGAAGACUUCGAUCUUCCGCCUCCGCCUACUCGGACCCGCAAGAUUAUUCAGAUGAAACCAAAGUCGCCCGCUCCCUCAAAAGCGCCAGCAAGGCCUAAGGAAGGUACCAAAGCCAACAAUCAGACGUCGCCCGAGUCUACCAGCAAUGCACCCUCGAAGAAGAAGAACCCCAGCGCUACUAGUGCCGCAGGCCGGAAGAUCGCUCGCAAGACUGCUCAUAGUUUGAUCGAGCGGAGGCGGCGAUCAAAGAUGAAUGAGGAAUUCGGAACUCUGAAGGAUAUGAUCCCGGCGUGUAGAGGACAGGAGAUGCAUAAGUUGGCCAUCCUCCAGGCAAGCAUCGACUACGUCAACUAUUUAGAACGAUGUAUCUCCGACCUCAAGACCGCUGGUGGAAACCCUCUAGCAGGCCCUCCUUCUCCAUCCUCCCCGGAAUUCUUCUCAGAACCGGGCGGGGAUGCGGCUCAACAGCCUUCCCAGCGUCCUCCAUCAUCUUUAUAUUCCUAUUCGGCUUCCGAGUCCCCUGAUACAAUGCACCCCAGUGCCCACGUUUCCGAUACUUCUCCGUCAUUCUCGCCCCGCACCCGCAUGCCAUCAGUGCAUACUCUGCCGGAUAUCGCCUCCGUCCUCCCCAGUCCUGCCUUGGGACCGGUCAAUCCUCCUAUGGAGAAGCUCCAAGAGCUCCAAGGCGUGGAUCACGAGGCGUCGGCAGCUCUGCUUAUGCUUACUCGAGACCGCAGGGGCACUGCCGACUCUAUAAACGAGAACUUCGGUAGCAGUACUACUCUGGCGUCGAAGCCGGAGGAGAACAGAGCGGCUGAUGCCCAGCGGAGAAAGGGCAUGAGUGUGCGAGAUCUUCUCAUCUCAUGA